AGGAUACACCUUACAGCGGACGCAGCAGAGAAUCAGUGAAUAUAGACAUGACUCCUGCAUGAUAUUUAAUAUGACAGCGAGCGGUGGAUAUGGGACGUAGGGUGUGUGUGGUGUUAAAGGUGACAUUCCCAUGGCCAGAACUAGCGCGGACGGGCUGCUGCUCCGCAAGAACAACAGCAAACUGGACUCUUUUCUCAAAAGGAACACCAGUCGGGAUGUGUACGAGCGGAUCCGGGUCUACGAGCCGUGUGUGGUGGUUUCGGGCUCGGUGAAGAAGGUUUUCAUGCAUGUGAUCUUGAGCGAUGAGCGCGUCUAUUUGAGCGAGUAUCACCCGCGGGCGCUGCGAGAAGCGCUCAGCUUCAGACACAUCAAGAGCAUCGAGCUGAUCAAUGAUUUGCCUGAUUUCCUCAGCGGACAGGAUCGUGAGCGCUCACUGCACAUCCGUGUUGUUCAUACCUCAAAGAAUCCUGGGAAAAAGAGCAUAAUACCCAAAGGAUCCGGUCAGAAUAAGCCAUCAUUUCCAUUGCAAGGACGCAACUCGAGUGCCCGUCAUUCUCUGGAGGGUGUGAGUCCCGUUCUCCUGUCAUCUGAGUCCUCGAGCUGGAGAAUCUCUCCCACAUCAAUGAGCGAUGGCAGUCUGGAGGAAGAAGGAGGCAGCGUUAUUCCGAAGAGGCGUUCAGCUUCCUGCCCGAACCCGGAUGUUUCGCGUCUGGCUGUGUUUAACACGUCUCCCACUCACUCCUCCAGCUCCAGUACACCUCCUCUGCCCGACAUCACCAAUAACCAGAGUCAUAGAGCUUCAGUCCCGACAACACUGACGAAGAGAACAACAACAGAGAAGCAGGAGGAGGAGAAAGAGGAAGAGGAGAAGGAGGAAGAGUUACACCUUUAUGCUGUUUCUCCAUCAUCACGAAUAUACCUUCACCUGCAGAGCUCCUGGAGCAGCUACAUCAUACGAUCAACUUUGAUGCUGGACCCAGUGUACAGGAAGAGAUGUGGCAUUUCAUCCACUUCUCCUCAGAAACAGAAAUAUCACCAAAUCAGCUGGGAACGGACGUGUCACUUGUUCAGUCAGUUGAGCGGAGAGCUACUGCAGGAGAACAUCAGCCUGGAGAGUCUGUAUUUGCUCCUGCAGGAGCUGCACACGGCCACGUGCCGCAACCCCACCAUCAAAAAACUCUUCUGGAGGUCACCAGACCUCUGUCCUUUCCUGGUGAAAACGCUGGCUGAAAGUUCUCAGGGCAGCCAGGAAGGAGUUCACACAGCAGACAGACUUCUGCUUUGCACUCUGGUGGUUCAGAUAUUAAGCCUGAUGUUCAGAGAAACAGAGAUCGAACCGGCGAGGCUCAGCAUGCUGACAGCCAAACAGGGAGCUCUUACAGAGAAUAUGCUGCUGGCUUUAGUGUGUGAUCCGGAUCUCCGGCUGCCAGACGCUCCUAACGCCUCCAAAUCUUCAAUUAAUAAGCUGCAGCGUCUGCAGGCGGACUAUCUGGAUGCGGCAUCAGCGCUGCUGUUUGAGGUGGUUGUGCUCUGUCAGGAGGCUAGUCGCACACCUGCUCUGGGACAUUUCCUCACUAUCAGCUGGGUGUUUCGGUUGCUUAAACCACAUCUAUUUUUACUCCCGUUCGUCGGCUAUCAGGCCCAGCAGGUGGUUCUGGUUCUCUCAGGUCCUCAGUAUCCACUCAGCCCGUCUCAGGCAGUUCUCCUGUACCAGCGAUGCCGUGUUUUGUUAGCCUGUCUGCAGCACAGCACCUCUUUGAGCAAAUACAUCCGAACGGGAUUCAAGGAGGAGUUCAGGUAUUAUGUGAAAAUGUCAGGGCUGGAGGACAAACUGCCUCAUCAGUACCCCAUCAGUCAACCUGCCCAGCGCCUUCUUUCCCAGCUCCUCAGUCUCGUUCUGCAGAAACCCUGAGAUCUCGCUCUUUUGGAUUUUAAUUUCUUAUUCCUGCAGACAGACGUGGACAUAUGCCUUUGAAUGAACAUGCUGCACUUUAGGAUUGAAUUCUUGUCUGAAGUCUUGUAUUGUGUCUUACUGUGUGUUAAACAGAGACUGCGUGAUUUUACUCUGUUUAGCAUAUCGCCUUUGUCUACACUCAGGAUUAUCAUCACUGUAAUGUGUGUAAAACAUUGGAAAUUUGAUUGAAAGUCAAUGCAGAGCACAUAAACAUCACUGAAUAUUUAAUAUAUUGAACUAUUUAUAAAAUAAUACACUUUUCAAUAAAUUCAGGUUUGGCAGGUCACUCCAGUAUAUAAAACUGAUCACAGUAUUAUGAUAUUAAUAUCUAAUUCAUAUUUCUUACAUUUACUGUAACUAAAGCCACUGGUACAGAUGCACUUAUUUAUUUUUUGUUUUUGGUUUGGAUGCACUUAUUCUAUAUAAGACUGUACUGAUUUUCAGGAACUCUAUGUACCUCAAAGCCUCAAAUUAAAAACAAAUAUUUUAAAUAAA